UCCAGGGAGCUGCCUGCCGACGGUUAUAGGUCUGUACGGUGAGACCAUCGAAGUGCCAUGCAACAAUGGAAAUAACAAGCCAGAUGGCCUUAUUUUCACCAAAUGGAAAUAUGUGAAAGAUGACGGCUCCCCUGGCGAUCUACUAAUAAAGCAGGCACAGAAAGAUGAUCCGACUGUGUCUGCCAUGGAUGGCUACAAAACUAGAGUUAGCAUCGCUGCUAAUUCCAGCUUACUAAUUGCCCAGGGCUCUUUGACUGACCAGAGAGUCUUCACCUGCAUGGUGGUGUCUUCAACUAAUCUGGAGGAAUUCUCUGUGGAAGUUAAAGUUCACAAAAAACCAUCAGCCCCUGUAAUCAAAAACAAAGUGAAAGAACUGGAAAAUGGCAAACUGACGCAGUUGGGGGAAUGUGUGGUGGAGAGCGCCAACCCAGCAGCAGAUCUCAUCUGGAUGAAGAACAACCAGGCUCUGGUGGAUGAUGGCAAGACGAUCAUUAUCACAUCAGAUGUCACCAAGGACCCAGUCACCGGUCUGUCCAGCACCUCUUCCAGACUGCAGUACACAGCAAGGAAAGAGGAUGUGGCAUCACAGUUCACCUGCGUUGCAAAGCACGUGACGGGACCCAACCAGGUUUCAACACCCGAUACCUUCCAAAUUCGCUAUCCCACUGAGAAGGUGAGUCUACAGGUUGUCUCUCAGAGCCCCAUCAGGGAAGGUGAUGAUGUGACUCUGAAAUGCCAGGCGGACGGAAACCCUCCUCCUACCAGCUUCAACUUUAACAUUAAGGGAAAGAAGGUCACGGUGACGGACAAGGAUGUCUACACACUGACCGGCGUCACCCGAGCCGACAGCGGUGUGUACAAGUGCUCUCUGCUUGACAACGAUGUGAUGGAGUCCACUCAGAUCAUCACAGUGAGCUUUCUGGAUGCAAGCCUCACUCCUACAGGCAAGGUGUUAAAAAAGCUUGGGGAAAACUUGGUAGUGUCUUUGGAGAAGAAUGCCUCUUCUGAAGUAAAAGUGACGUGGACUAAGGAUAACCGUAAACUGGACAAACUGCCUGAUUUCUCCCAGUUGAGAUACAGCGACGCGGGCUUAUACGUGUGUGAUGUGUCUAUUGAAGGAAUCAAACACAGCUUUUCCUUCGAGCUUACUGUGGAAGGUGGUCCAAGAAUUACCGGCCUGACAAAGCAUCGCAGCAAUGACGGAAAACACAAAGUGUUGACGUGCGAGGCAGAAGGUUCACCUAAACCUGAAGUGCAGUGGAGUGUCAACGGAACCGACGAUGAAACAUCGUAUGUCAACGGAAAAGCCACAUACAAACUGACGGUGGUCCCGAGUAAGAACCUCACCGUCAGCUGCCUCGUGACCAAUAAACUCGGUUUCGACACAAAGGACAUCAGCGUGUUUUCCCUAUUUGAGGAGGACAAGCCCAAACCAGGAAAAAAUGAAGAUGGCGCAGACCAGGCCAAAGUGAUUGUGGGUGUCGUGGUUGGACUGUUUCUAGCCGCUGCCCUGGUGGGACUCAUCUACUGGUUGUAUAUCAAGAAAACAAGACAAGGCAGCUGGAAGACCGGAGAGAAGGAGACUGGCACUUCAGAGGAGAGUAAGAAACUGGAGGAGAACAAUCAUAAAGCAGAUGUCUAAGAGUGGAGAGAGCCGUCAAACGGAACGAAGAAGGUUUGAACCAGGAAAGAGGCCUUGUCACACUGAAUGUGCAGUACUACACACUUCGAUCAUCUUAUUCCAGACAUCUGAUUGGACGGCGACGCCUCCUUCUGGCUGCUCGUGCGCAUACCGCAUCGCAGAAUGUUUCCAAAAUAUUUCCUACUCCAAACAAACAAUUUCCU